AUGCAGCUCCAGCUUCCAUAUCGUGAUUUGUUCUCGAGACCGUCUAUACGGGUUUCUCUAUGUCAGGAUCCUCUGAAACACCCGGGUGUCCAUUCGUUUGAAUGCCCUUGUUGUCCAGGCUGUUCAAUAUGCGGUCCUGGUAAUCAUGCAGCGACUCAAACAGAGAAGAUUGUCCCUUCUAUUCUCACGAGCUACCUAGAGGAAGAAAGCCCAGACCCUCUCUUGGACAAAGGUACCAAAGUAUGCAUCAUCGGGGCCGGAAUUGCAGGUCUGUAUCUCGCGCUGAUUUUGCAAGAUCUGGAAAUCCCAAAUCUUUCCUGGGAUAUCCUUGAGGCCAAUCGAGAUCGCAUUGGGGGGCGCAUUUAUACCCAUCGCUUCUCUGAGGCGCACAACGACUACUAUGAUGUAGGCGCAAUGCGGUUUCCGGAUAUCCCUAUCAUGUCUCGGGUAUUUGAUCUCUUUCGCCGAAUGCAAGUGCCAUUGAAGGAAUUCGAUAUGCGAGAGAUAAACAUGAACACGAAGGGCCAUGAGAUCUCCAGGACUAAAGAUAGCCUAUCCGCCAAUAUUCUCAGUCAAUCCUUCGGCCCGUAUAAAAAGGUCAUGCAAAAGGAUUUCGUGCAGGGGUUCCAGCUUCUGAUGCAAGCAGAUGCAAUGAGCACCCGUGAAUACCUCCGAGGCAGCCACAAGUCAGACUUCAUGACAAUACAGUCUGCCGAGAGCAACACCACCGGCACAGGGACGUUUGAUCAAGCCUUUUCAGAGAGUGUCAUGGACUCUUUCGACCUCGAUCAACCCACAACAGGGUCCAAAGACAGUGGGGCAGUGAAAUGGUAUUCUGUGGAUGGCGGCUCUUCCCUGGUUAUUGAGCGAAUGUGCCAUCAAAUCAAUAAAACCAGCACCAUCGAGCUCGGGAAACAAGUUCGUCGCAUUGCUAUCGACUGUAGCCCCGAUCUGUCGGUAUCGUGUGCAGGCGAGGAAGAGGUUCGCGAUGGGUAUGCGACGGUGUUCAGCACUACUCCAUUAGCAUGCCUGCAGCGCAUCGACACCAGGUCACUCCAACUUGAUCCUGUUCAAGAGGAAGCCAUCCGGUGUUUGCGGUAUGAAGACUCUACUAAGGUGGGUAUCAAGUUUGCGUAUCCAUGGUGGAUCGUAGACUGCGGGAUUCGAGGGGGCGGUAGUGCCUCGUCGACCCUCCCCUCACGGACCUGCGUCUACCCGUCGAAUAUCGCCGAAGAGGACUUGGACAAGCCAGCUGUGCUGUUGGCCUCGUACACCUGGGGUCAGGAUGCCACCCGCAUGGGGGCUCUGAUCAGUCGGUCCUCCGCCAGCUCCGAUGGGGGUGAGGAUGAGGGGGAUGAGCUACUGGAUCUUGUCCUCCGUGAUCUCGCUCAGCAACACCAGCAGCAUGGAAUCACGUAUGAGAAACUGCAAACCCUGUACCGGGAUCAUCAUUCCUUCUGCUGGGGCAAUUCACGCUUUUCGUCGGGGGCCUUUGCGCUUUUUGCCCCGGGGCAAUUCACCAAUCUAUACCCUUCCCUAUCUUUCCCAGCAGCCGAUGGAAAGUUCCAUAUUGUAGGGGAGGCUGCUAGUGUUCAUCAUGGGUGGGCGGUUGGCUCGUUGAACAGUGCAUAUGUGGCAGUUUACCGAUUCUUGGUUCGAUAUGGACAACAACGGGCCAUCCAGAAGCUGGAGAAAAACUGGGGAACCGUGCAUGAAUUGGAUCUUGCUGGUGUUGCUCGUCUUGAUGCGUCGAUUUGA